CGAUCGGUUACGGAUGGUUCGGAAAUAUAUUGUUGACGCGGAUGAAACGGUCGAUAUACGAAACGUGAUAAGGAAGACUUAAUUGUGUCGAAUUGAAGAGAGGCUAUAUGAUCACGCGAAAAUAGGGUGAAAUAUCGAUUAUUGUAAGGGAGUUUGGUUCGAGGUGUUCCUCUAUUAAGGAAAAUGAUCAAGAAGACGAACGUAAUUUAAGGACACCCGUCUAUUUGUGAACUGGUGAAAAGGAGUGUUAGAUAACAAAGAAGAGCAUACAGUGAGUUAACAUGGAUGAGUAAUUUUCAACCUAUAUUGAGAGACGGCGAGUGUCGAUGAAUAUAAGUAGUGUUCAUAUUGAAAGCGGAUUAGUUAUAGUGCACAGUGAAUAUCCUCAGUUUGAACAAACUGAAAUAAAAAAAAAACAAAAGCAAAAAAGUCACAUGUGAAUUGAGAAGUGAGACAACUACGCUACUGUGAAAAUAAGGCAAAACCAUUCAUCCGUUAAGUAGUGCAUCGAACUAAAGUGAAAAUGUUACAAAACAUGAUAUAACCCACAUGAAAUUAGCAUAAUUUUCGGGUAAUACAUUCAGUGAGAGUUCCCUUCGGCUACCAACGCAAAAAAGUACUGUGCCUUGUGAUAAGGUGUGUAACGUUGUCGGCCAACUGAAGACAAGUGUCAUAAAAGUUUCCGUUGGAUUUCGAAAAUGGCCAUGCCCGCUACAUUUCUAAGGGCGUCAUUGUGCGUGAUAGCGAUUUCAAGCGUCAUACUGGGCGAAGCAGAGCCUCAACUGAAUCUGCCGCAGUUUGCUGGUCCGGCCGGUCCCACGGGUAGGCCACAGAUACUACCGAACAGUUACACCGCUGAUCCCGUACAGCAGCAGCAGCAGGAUUCCCGCAAGGAUGGGAACAAUUAUGACCAGAGUCGCAGUGAACGAUUCGGCCCUCCGUACGAGGACGGGGAUGAUGACGAAGAGAAUUAUCCACAGGGAAGGAGCAACGAUGAUCGGCAAAAUAGGCCAUUUUCUUACGACGACCGGAAUCAAUACAACAACGAUUACGACAAUCGGAACCGGAACCGCAAUCCGUACGAUCGCGAUCGCGACCGCAACCGGUUCGUAUCGGACGUAGACAACCCGGACCUCUACCAAAACCGUCAACCGUACAAUCCAAACCAAGACGACCGUUUCCGCAACCCGGACGGGCGUUACAAUCCAAACCAACGGCCCUACAUCAGCGAUGUGGACAAUCCGGAUCUCUACCAGGAUCGUAACCCCUACAACCGUAAUCAGAAUGACGAUCGGUUCGAUCCGAACCGGAGGCCCCAGUUCGGGCCGCCAAACGAACGUGAGUUCAACGGCCGUCCCCGGGAUCCUUUCUUCGAGGGACCGUUUCGCAGCGCCGAAGAGGAGCGACGGUUUCGAGCGGAAACGGAAAAGCUGCGCUCCUUUCUGGCCGACAUCGAUCGGAAGAGUUCGCUCGAGUGCUCGCUCAACGUGGGCGCCCAGUGGAACUUCGAGACCAACGUCAACGAAGCGACCCAAGUGGAAGCGAUUGCAUCCCAGCAACGUUACAACGACUUCCAGCGAUUGCUGUGGGAUCAGAUGAGCCGCAUCGACCAGUCGAAGAUAUUCGACGACAAGUUGUACCGCCAAGUCCGGCUGAUGUCCAUCAUUGGGCCGAGCGCUUUACCACCCGAUCAACUCGAUAGGUACAACCGAAUCGUGAACGACAUGCUGGCAAUCUUCAACGGAGCCGACAUCUGUGCCUUUGAGCGACCGUUCGAGUGCGGUUUGCGGCUUCAGCCCCACUUGAAGGAUAUUAUGGCUAAGAGCAGGGACUGGAAUGAGCUGCAGUACACGUGGUUGGAAUGGCGACGCAAAUCUGGCAGACACAUGCGGGAGUUGUUCGAACAGCUGGUUGAUCUGACCAACGAUGCUGGCCGAGUUAACAAUUUUACAAAUGCUGCUGCCUAUUGGCAGUUUCCGUACGAGUCCAGAAAUUUUCGUGAAGAAAUGGAGCAAGUCUGGAACGAAAUUCUUCCUCUGUACGAAAUGAUUCACGCCUAUGUUCGUCGAAAGUUGCGGGAAUUUUACGGCCCUGACAAGAUCAAUCGGAACGCUCCUAUUCCCGAUCACAUCCUAGGUGACAUGUACGGACAAAGCUGGAACAACAUUUUGGAUGUCGUUAUUCCCUAUCCUGGGCGAAGUUUUUUGGAAGUCACACCGGAAAUGAUCAAACAGGGCUACAACCCACUGGUGAUGUUCCAAAUAGCGGAGGAAUUUUUCGUAUCAAUGAACAUGAGUGCCCUUCCGCCAGAUUUCUGGCUUACGUCGAUCUUGACUCAACCACCAGACAGACCGAUUCUAUGUCAACCCUCUGCGUGGGACUUCUGUAACGGAAAAGAUUACCGCAUUAAGAUGUGCACCUCAGUAACUCAUAAAGAUUUCAUCACCGUUCAUCAUGAACUGGCACACAUCCAGUACUUCCUAAACUAUCGAAACAAACCCAAAGUGUUUCGUGACGGUGCCAAUCCAGGAUUCCACGAAGCAAUCGGCGAUGCGGUAACCCUGUCGGUCGCCUCGCCGAAGCACCUGCAAAAUCUCGGCCUGGUGCAGAAAAACGUGGACGACACGGCCCACGACAUAAAUUUCCUGUUUUCGUUGGCGCUGGAAAAAGUGGUAUUCCUGCCGUUCGCCCUUGCCCUUGAGGCCUGGCGGUACGACAUCUUCGACAAGCGGACCCGGAAGGAGCAGUACAACUGCCACUGGUGGCUGCUGAGAGAGCAAUUCGGAGGUGUGAAACCGCCGGUACUGAGAUCUGAACUUGAUUUUGAUCCCGGAGCGAAGUACCACGUGGCGGCUAACAUUCCGUAUAUCAAAUACUUCUUCUCCAACGUCCUGCAAUUCCAAAUUCAUCGGGCAAUGUGCACAGCUUCCCGCCAGUACGACCCACAGGAUCCCAGUAAACCACUGCACAAGUGCGACAUCUAUCGACAACCGGCGGCAGGAAACAUACUAAAGCAAUUGAUGGAACGGGGCGCAUCUGAACCGUGGCAGCAGGUUCUUCAGGAGGUGAUUGGCGAAGGACGGCUCGAUGGGACGGCCCUGCGGGAGUACUUUAGGCCGCUGGAGGAAUGGCUGCGGAAUGAGAAUCUCCGCACGAACGAGUUCGUCGGUUGGAUCUACGAUGGGGAUUACUGCAAGCACAGCAUCGAGACGGCCAACCUGCAGGUGUACGGAGGGUUCUACAACGGCGGUAUGCAGCUGCAACUCAGUGUGACACUGCUGAUUGGGUUGCAUCUCUUUGUCCAGGCGUAUGUGCACCAGCUGAGAUUGGUUCGAGUUAAUCUGUAGUUUGUUGGCAAACCGUGAAAUUAAGGCAUUUUUGUAGUUGAAUAGGUAUUUAGUCAUUAUAAAUAGAAUAAAAACGAAAUUGAAUUAUUUUGGAAAAUAAUUUCUACAUAAUACGCAUUCAAGCAUUGUUCCACGACACAUUUUCAGUUCAUUGUCGUUCGUUAGGAAACGCACACUCCAUCACGCAAUUGCAAAGCCUUACAGCCCCGUGAUAUUAAUCCAAUAAAAUCAUAU